AUGCAAUCAUUAAGACCGUCUAAACUGGGAAGCUUGCCAAAAGAAAUAGAAUUUCUUUUUCUUGUCGAAGUUCAAAAAAGUCACUUGCCAACAAAUGGCCAAACAUCAAAACAUGCAUGUCAAACAAGUGUACAAAGCUGUCCACAUAAAAAUGCUUUGAUUACUUUUUGGGUACCAGACAGGGUUAGGCAACAUUUUCAUUCAAUAAUUCAAGUGAAGAACUGUUCAAAUUAA